AUGCAUAAAAACCAUGGGGGACGCUGCAUUUUGCACCAACUGGAGCUUCUAGAUGCUCUUCAAGGGCACCCCAUGCAGAAUAUCAAUGUAUGUGGAUUAAAGCCACAUGUUUGCGAACACAGAUGCAUGAACACUCAUGGAAGCAACAAAUGCCAUUGUUUAAAUAGGUACAUGCUCAUGCCAGAUGGCACCUGUUCCAAUUCCAGAACAUGCACCAUGGUGAAUUGCCAAUAUGGUUGUGAAGAAGUGAAAGAUUAUGUGCGAUGCUUGUGUCCGUCAAGAGGACUUCAGUUAGCACCAAAUGAAAAAACCUGCAUAGCCAAAAGUUGCAAAAUAACAAUACUGUCCUUACUAUCAGCCGAAAAUGUUGCAUGUGACAUGAAUGAAGUUAAAGCUAUUAAUUUUUCUUGUCUUUCUGGCUCUGAACGUCAAUCACUGUUUCUGGACAUCACAGUUGUAGACUGCAGCUUUGGUCGAGGUUCUUGUGCUUGGCAACAAGAUGCAGAUGACGACUUUGACUGGAAUCCUGCAGAUCAUGAAUUUGGUGAUGGAUAUUAUAUGACAGUUCCAGCCUUCAUAGGUCACAAGGGAGAUGUUGGGUGCAUGAAACUUCUUCUUACCUAUCUGGAGCCAAAGAGCAUUUAUUGUUUGAUUUUUAGUUAUCGACUUGCAGGAGAAAGGGUGGAACAAAGUAUGGGAAAUGAUGAACGAUGGUGGAUUGGACAGAUUGAAGUACACACAGGGGCUGAAACAGCUAUGAAUAUCACUUUUGAGGCAGAACGUGGGAAAGGUAAAACUGGAGAAACUGCAGUUGAUGCCAUUCUACUAUUUUCUAAUUUAUGUUCUGAAGACCUCGUAAUGUUGGAUAUCUAAACAGAUUGUUUUAAUUUCUAUUAUAUUAUAUAUAAUAUUAUUUUAAAAUCUCAGACAGAGAUUUUAUAAUGCUGUAACCUAGAUAAAAUGUAGAUCUGGAAACUGCAUCUUUAACUGUGAUACAGAUUUUUUUUAAAUGAUAGAUUUAGAUGUUUCUGGUUAGUUUAUGUGUACCUAAACAUAUUACAUUUUCUACUAUGUGUAAACUAUACUA